GUAGCACUUGCGGCUGCCCUGGUCUACCCGUUUUCCAACAAAGUAUCGGCUAUGCAUGUCGCAUUGAGUCACAGACUGAGUGUUGCCAUGUCGCCAGAGAUUCUGAGAACCGGUUGCGACCUGUUCAAUCUGUUCUUCGUAUUCGACCAUUAUACCGACGUGGAGAACGCGGAAGGAUGUCGCAAGAUGGUCGAUGCGGUCGUACAUGCGCUGCAUAUCCACACGACCGCGCCCCGACGGCGAAGUAUCCUAGGAGAGAUCACACCCGAUUCUGGGCGCACGCGAUCGACAGCGGAGCAGUCGGGCGCAUCGCUCAGCGCGUUUCGUGGAUUAUUCACGACUACGUCGAAUCGUCGUCACGAGGCGGCUGACCGCGAUCAGACCUGUACCGGUCCAUCGAUAGUUACUUGAUAUCCGCCGGGAGACGGUCGGUUUCCGUCCUUGUAGCCUCAUGUUGCAAGAGCUGCCCGACGAGGUUGUCUACCAUCCUGCGAUGGCAGAAAUGAGCUUGUGCGUCACGGAUAUGCUGAUCAUAGAUAAUGUAAGUGCCGUAUAUUCCUGCAGUUUACAGGACUUAACGUUCAUGUCCAUUCC